AUGGACGACGACGACGAUGACGAUGCGACGACACAGGCCUCGGACGAGUCGCCGGUCACGUCGCCCAAGCAAGCUGCGCGAUCCAAUACCACCGUGCUCCUCAAGCCCACGUCGUACUCAUAUUCCUACUCGUUCUCGCAAUCUGCAGCCGCACGCAGCAGCGAGUACGCAGCACCAUUGCGCCUCACAUCGGUGCCGGUGUCGAUCCCGCUCAUCUUUCGGAAGCGCGACCGCUUCUACGUCGGCGGGAAAAACAUCCCGUUCACGCGCCAAAACCAUCUGGACCGUCGCCAAAAGCACAGGCGCACGCCCUUGGACGUCGUGUACGAAGACUGCUUGUACCUCGACUUUGCCCUCGACCCGACCAUGAAGAACCUCGUCGACUACUCUCGCCUCCUCCAGCCGCAGCGGGCGCUGGCCCAGGCGUUCCUCCACGCCUCCUAA